GCUCUGGAUGCUGCUCAAUAUAGAAAAAAAGCAACCUGCCAGUUCGCCAAGGUAGCGUUUCAAAGCAGGAGAAAUGUCUCGAAAUAGUGCCUCGGAUAUUAAAGAUGGAUUGCGGAUUGCCAGACAAAUGACACAAUGUGCGGACGCCGAUGCUUCUCCGCGCUGCGAUCGUUUCAUCUUCGGUCCAAAAUGCCACUUGCUUAACUGACAUACGAGGAUAUAGAGACACAAAUAGUCGCCUAAAACGGACUAUCAAGCGAAUUUACAAAUAUGAACGUUACGCUGCUUAAAAGGCGAAGGCUGGACUGUGUGUAUGCGCUGCUGUUCUGGCUCCAUAACGCAAUGUGGAUGUGCCGUUCGGUGGCCGAAGAGCAUCAAUUCAGCGUUGAGGUGUGGUUGCAGAAGUAUGGCUACCUUCACCCUACACCACCCAACAUGGCCGCCCAGCGAUCAGCCCAAACCAUGCAUUCUGCUAUUGCUGCCAUGCAGCACAAGUAUGGACUAAACAUCACAGGGACUCUAAACAAGUAUACUAUAGACUGGAUGAAGAAGCCCAGAUGUGGAGUACCGGACCAGCUGAAGGCCGGAUCCGCGUCCCGCAGAAAGAAGCGAUAUGCACUCACCGGACAGAAGUGGCAGCGUGAACACAUCUCAUACAGCAUUAAAAACGUCACUCCUAAAGUGGGAAAUCAAGAAACCCACGACGCGAUCCGGCGGGCGUUUGACGUGUGGCAGGGAGUGACGCCGCUGCGCUUCGAGGCCGUGCCCUUCCGUGACCUGGACAGCGGCAAGCGGGACGUGGACAUCACCAUCAUCUUCGCCUCGGGUUUUCACGGCGACAGCUCUCCUUUUGACGGAGAGGGAGGAUUCCUGGCUCAUGCCUAUUUCCCAGGACCGGGCAUCGGGGGCGACACACACUUCGACUUGGAUGAACCCUGGACGCUGGGCAACCCAAACCAUGAUGGUAAUGACCUGUUCCUGGUGGCGGUUCAUGAGCUCGGUCAUGCUUUAGGACUGGAACAUUCCAGUGACCCGACAGCUAUAAUGGCUCCAUUUUAUCAGUAUAUGGACACAGAGAGCUUCAAACUGCCUCAUGAUGAUCUUCAGGGCAUCCAGAAAAUAUAUGGUCCUCCAAACAAGAACCCUCAGCCCACUCGACUGCUGACGACGGCGACUCCUCCUCGCCUGCACCUGCCAUCUGACCCGCGUAAACAUGAGCGUGGUCGCCCGCACCGGCCUCCACAGAAAACCAAACCCAGCCAUCCAAACUCCAAACCCGACAUCUGCGAUGGAGGAUUCAACACGCUGGCCAUCCUGCGCAAGGAGCUCUUCGUUUUUAAGGAUCAGUGGUUCUGGAGGGUGCGAGAUAAUUCUGUGGUGCCUGGAUAUCCGAUGCAGAUCAGCUACUUCUGGAGAGGUUUGCCUCCCAAGAUUGAUGCCGUCUACGAAAACAGUGAGGGGAAGUUCGUCUUCUUCAAAGGCAACCGGUUCUGGGUAUUCAAGGAUACAACUCUGCAGCCCACAUAUCCUCAGGACAUUUCUCUUUUUGGCAGUGGAAUGCCCACGCAGAGCAUCGAAACAGCUGUUUGGUGGGAAGACGUGGCCAAAACCUACUUCUUCAAAGGGGAUAGGUACUGGAGGUACAAUGAGGAUAUGAGGACGAUGGACCCUGGAUAUCCACAACCUAUUACUGUGUGGAAAGGCAUCCCAGACUCUCCACAGGGAGCAUUCGUGGACAAAGCCAAUGGAUUCACAUACUUCUACAAAGGGAAGGAGUACUGGAAGUUCAACAACCAGCGGCUGAGAGUAGAGUCAGGCUACCCUCGAUCCAUCCUGCGAGACUUCAUGGGCUGUGACGGUCUGCCCACUGACCCCGACUGGGACUGGAGCCCUCCGCAAGAAGAGGAAACACCCCAAUACGACGACCAUGAUGUUGAUAUCGUUCUGAAAUUGGAAAGCAGCGGCGGAGCAGAAAAAGCGGUAGCCAUCGCCAUACCAUGUGUGUUGGCGCUGUGCAUGAUGGUCCUGCUUUACACGGUGUUUCGCUUCAAGAGGAAGGACACGCAGCGCCACAUACUGUACUGCAAGAGGUCCAUGCAGGAGUGGGUUUGAGACAUAAACGACCCAACGUUAAAACGGUCUCCAUAUUAAAACCCCCUCGGAAUUAUGGACUCUUCUUGAGGCCGCUUUGUUGGCAGAAGCAAAGACGAAAACAACUUUAUCUGCCCUCAUCGGUGGCAAUGUGUUGUUUUUUGUAUGGUCUGUGUGGCUUUGGGAGACCAUUUUGGUGACUGAAGCCCAAUGCAGAGUACAUCUUUACUCUACAAACCACCAACUUUUCAAUUGACUUCGAGAGUUAUUUAUCUUCGAACUGCAGAUGCUCCAUAAUGUGUGUGUGUCACUCCGAAAUACUUGCUUGUGUGGAAAAAAAACUGAUACCCAAAACCAAAUAUGCCCUUAGUGUCCAAAGAGGACUGCUUCAUUCACGUGGGAUAUUUCUGAGAUGAUUAUCCAUCAUUGUUUGAGUUCCGUUCCGUUUUGCAGGAUCAAUGGGGAAAUCAGAAGGAACGUUGACGUGUAACACCGGGGCUACAUGCAAUAUUUCGUCGAAUGCCUUAAAUCACAUAUUGCGUUUAAUUUUGGUCUGUGUGUUCGUGUACGUGUGCCUGUGUGAAAGUGACUUUUGUCUUAUUUGUCACUCUUUUUUCACACUGCUGACUGACAGAAACUUGCGGUACGAUUUAAAGUUCCACUGACUGCUGGAAACAUUGAAAAACGAGUGCAUGCGUAUCUCUAGAAAUUGAGAGCUUCUAAUUAAAUCAUACACAAUUCCUUAAACAAAACAAUGGUAUUCAGCAGAAGUACCAAAUGAACCUUCCUGAUUCUCAUAAGAAGCAACAGAUUAUCAAAAAUACCAAAAUGUUAAAGCUAUAUAAAAACAACAGAGCUUGAAAUGCAGUGUUUAAACUACAUGAAGGAAAUACUUGUGCUUGCAAGGCAGCAAGAGAACAGUAUUUAAG